AUGAAGGACCGACUGGCGCAGCUGAAGGAGAAGAGCGACUCUGGAGGCGACGACGUGGUGGUUCCUGUGGAAAGUGAAGCUUUUAUGGAUGAUUUCUUUGCUCAGAUCGAGGACAUCCGCAGCAGCAUUGACAAGAUCGACGAGAGCGUGACGGAGAUCAAGAAGCUGUACUCCACCAUCCUGUCGGCCCCCACCUCCGAGCAGAAGACACAGGACGACCUGGAGGCUCUCACCAACGAGAUCAAGAAGUCGGCCAACAAUGCCCGAAACAAGCUGAAGAGUAUCGAGCGUCAGCUGGAGUCCAACACAGAUGAGAGAGCCUCGGCCGACCUCAGGAUACGGAAGUCCCAGCACGCCAUCCUGGCCAAGAAGUUCGUGGAGGUGAUGACGAAGUACAACGAGGCCCAGGUGGACUUCCGGGACAAGAGCAAGGGCCGCAUCGCCCGCCAGCUGGAGAUCACGGGGAAAGCCACGACGGACGAGGAGCUGGAGGAGAUGCUGGAGGGAGGGAACUCCGCCGUCUUCACUGCCGGGAUCAUGGACUCUAAGAUCAACCAGCAGGCCCUGAAUGAGAUCGAGGCUCGCCACAAAGACAUCAUGCGUCUGGAGAGCAGCAUCAAGGAGCUGCACGACAUGUUCGUGGACAUCGCCAUGCUGGUGGAGAACCAGGGCGGGAUGAUCGACCGGAUCGAGAGCAACAUGGACCAAUCGGUGGGCUUCGUGGAGCGAGCUGUGGCCGACACCAAGAAGGCUGCCAAGUACCAGCAGGAGGCGCGCAGGAAACAAAUGAUGAUCUUCUGCUGCUGCGUCAUCCUGGCGCUCGUCCUCGGCUCCUUCGUCUACAGUUUCAUCAAAUGA